AUGAUGGCUUCAUCACUUGAAACAAAAUUCAUUGCUGCAGCAUUGAUAAUACUCGGGAUGUGGGCUUCUCAGGCUGCAUCCCGCACACUACCUGAAGCAUCCAUCUCGGAGAGACAUGAGGAAUGGAUGGCUCACUAUGGACGUGUUUACAAGAACAUUGCAGAGAAGGAAAGACGUCUCAUGAUAUUCAAGGAGAACGUGGAGUUCAUAGAAUCUUUCCACAGCGCUGGGAAUCGAAAUUACAAGUUGAGCAUCAACGAAUUUGCAGACCAGACAAAUGAGGAGUUUAAGGCUUCUCGCAAUGGACUAAAGAUGCCAUCCAAUCGAAAGUCACUGAACACUGCUUCAUUUAAGUAUGAAAAUGUGACUGCAGUACCAACUAGCAUGGACUGGAGGAAGAAAGGAGCGGUUACCCCUAUUAAGGAUCAAGGUCAAUGUGGAAGUUGUUGGGCGUUUUCAACCAUAGCAGCCACGGAAGGAAUAACCGAACUUACCACUGGUAAAUUGAUCUCACUGUCAGAGCAGGAGCUAGUGGACUGUGACAUAGGCGGUGAAGAUGAAGGAUGUGAGGGUGGUUUAAUGGAAGAUGGGUUUGAAUUUAUUGUGAAGAACAAAGGCAUUGCCACCGAAUCAACUUAUCCAUACAAAGCAACUGAUGGAACUUGCAACACCAAGGAAGAAGCUUCUCAUGCUGCCAAGAUCAAGGGUUAUGAGAAUGUGCCUGCAAACAGUGAGAAGGCACUAUUGAAGGCUGUAGCUAAUCAGCCAAUUUCUGUUUCCAUUGAUGCAAGUGGAGCUGCAUUCCAGUUUUACUCAAGCGGGGUUUUCACAGGAGAUUGUGGAACUGAUCUAGACCACGGUGUUACGGCAGUUGGGUAUGGGACUACUGCCGAUGGCACAAAGUAUUGGUUAGUCAAGAACUCAUGGGGCACCAGUUGGGGAGAUGAAGGAUAUAUAAUGAUGCAAAGAGAUAUCGAAGCCAAAGAAGGCCUCUGUGGGAUUGCUAUGGAUUCUUCCUAUCCAACAGCUUAG